GACCUAUGCAUGGUAGUUCCAUACAUGGCCUUUGUUAUGUGGCUUGAUUUUGUAACUUACUUGAAUCACCACGGUCAUGAUGACAAGAUUCCUUGGUACCGUGGAAAGGAAUGGAGUUACUUGAGGGGAGGAUUAACCACGAUUGAUAGAGACUAUGGUUGGAUCAAUAACAUCCACCACGAUAUUAGAACUCAUGUCAUUCACCAUCUCUUCCCACAAAUCCCACACUAC